AUGGCCUCGUAUUUCACGUGCACGCUUGGUGAGGCGGCCCUGAUGGGCAAAGAAGAGUACACCGCCUACCAGACGAUACCAGCCUUGCUCGCCGCACAGGCGAGAGAAAGCCCAGACCUCCUCGCCGUCGGCUUCCCCACCAAUGGGGACUCUACCAGUGGGAACUCGCCCUCCCAGUGCUUCACUUUUAGUGAAUUGUACGAGAAAGUCCUGGAUGUAGCAGACAUCCUGAUACGAGAUAUGCGGCUCCAACCGGGGCAGACCGUUGGCUUGCUGGCCUCUAGUGGCCGAGAUUUCCUGUUUUGCUGGUUGGCGUUGGUUUGUACGGGCUGUACUGUGCUUCUCGUAGCUCCAGAGGUCACUGCCGAGGGCAUAGCGGGCCUAUGCCAUUCGACGGAGACGUCCCUGCUUCUCUGCGAUGAAAAACAUACGAGACAGGCGGAGAAGGCUGCGGAGAUCCUAGCAGCCACAACGAGCAGAAGCUGCGCUGUCAGCCGCCUUCCUGUCUUCCCUACUACUUCCUCCCCAGUCCGACAACUUCCUCUGCGUCGUGUUAGCGCGGUAGACGUGGCUUAUGUCCAUCACACGAGUGGUACAAGCACCGGCUUCCCCAAACCAAUCAGGAUAAGCCACCAUGGCGCUAUUGCAGUGGUACCCGUGCUGCCACGCAGCAACCAUGCUGCAACCUUCUCCACCACACCCCUAUAUCAUGGAGGACCCGCUGACUGCUUCCGCGCAUGGGCAAGUGGGGCGAUGAUAUGGCUGUUUCCGGGUGUUGAAGACGUCCCUAUCACGGCGAAGAACGUUGUGCAGGCUCUGAACUCCGCAGAGAUCCUUGCUAGUGACUCGAAUAAUCCUAAGCGACCCCUGGCGCGGUAUUUCACAGCUGUGCCAUACGUCGUUGAGCUCCUUGCAAGCAACCCGGAAGGAUUAAAGUGGCUCAAAAUGAUGUACAUUGUAGCCACAGGCGGUGCAUCGUUUCCUAGUGUCCUGGGCAACAACCUCAUGUCAGAGCGUGUCAAUCUGAUUUCCAGGUACGGCUCUGCAGAAUGCGGGUUUAUCCUGGGCUCAGAUCGCGACUAUGCCGUCGACAGAGAAUGGCAAUACCUCAGAGCAUAUACUAAUUCUUGGAUGCAAUUUGAGUCUACAUUCGAUGGUAAAGCAGAGUUGGUAUUGAAAGACUGGCCUUUCAUGGCCAAAGCAGACGACAAUAACCAGUAUCGGACAGGCGAUCUGUUCCUACAGCACGACAAUAUCCCAUAUAUGUGGAAGCACGUAGGACGAUCCGACGCCAUGAUGACCCUCAGCAGUGGCCUGAAAUUUGAUCCCGCACCAAUUGAGAAUGAAUUACUGGACAAAACACGUUCUUUGGGCCUCAUUCAAGACUUGUUCAUAUUUGGUGAAGGACGUCUGACACCAGGUCUCUUUCUCAUUCGGAGCGACGGUAUUCCUAGCACGAACGACGGAGAAGUGAUAGAGGCUGUCUGGCCUCACAUCCAGUCAAGUAAUGAGAAGCUCCCGCAACAAGCCCGACUAAGCAAACAUAUGGUCGUCUUGCUUGCAUCCGACUCCAUUCCGCUAAAGAAGAGCAGUAAAGGAACGUUGCUUCGUGGCCAAAUCAAGCAAGACUACAAAGAUCUGAUAAAUGACGCAUAUCACAGGAAGCCUCCUGUCAGUACCCAGCCUAUGGAAUACGGAGCGAUUUGCCAAAAUGUGUAUCGGAUUGUGAAGCAACAUAUGAUCGGGGGCGCCAUGUACACAGAAAUCCCCGUCGAUACAAAGCUUCACACUCUUGGAGCCGAUUCAGCAACUGUACUAGCAAUUCAAAGCCAGCUACAGAGAGAUUAUGGUCAGGUGACAGGCCACGUGAUCACCAUUGAUGAUGUAUACAAUUUUGGUGUGGAAGGCUUAGCUGCCCACAUUCUGAAUCAAUACACAGGUGAAGGGACAAGAGAGCGCGUCAAUGCUUAUGAGCAGAUGGAACAAUUUUUUCGCGCCUACAGAUACGAGCCGGCGGAGGAGGCAAGUCCCGAGCCUCACAAACCCCACCAAAAUGGCACGAAGCCUCAUCAGUCGUCCGAGUCUGCAGGCGGGGAGGUGGUCCUCCUCACCGGAGUCACAGGUACCCUCGGAGUCUGGAUCUUCCACCUCCUUCGUUUCUCUUCUACCAUCAGCGAGAUCCACUGCCUCAUCAGAGCAACUGACUCUCACGCCGCCGAACAGCGCCUCACCAAAGCCCUUGCGCACAAACACCUCCCUCCCCACCAAGAAUCAAAAACAAAGGUAUUCUGGCAUCCUUGCAAACUAGCUGACUCCCCUUCUUUAGGCUUGCCUGCAGCGACCCUCACCCAUCUCACGGAAACAACCACUCUCAUAAUCCACGUCGCGUGGGCCGUAAACUUCAAUCUCCCUCUCUCGAAUUUCGACUCCCACCUCAGCAGCCUCCGCAAUCUGCUCGACUUCGCGACAUCCUCUCCGCAGCCAUCUCCCCCGAAAUUCUUGUUCUGUUCCUCUACAGCCUCCGUCCUAGGCCCACACAUCGCAUCCUUCCCCCAAACUCGCGAAAAUGCUGCUCAUAUCGAAGAAAGUAUCUACGAAAGCCCCGACUCCGCCUCCCAAAUAGGUUACGCGCAAUCAAAACUGGUAGCCGAGCGCAUCUGCAACAGUGCACAUUUUCACACCCGUCUGAGAAACAGAAUCGCAGUGCUGAGAAUCGGGCAAUUGUGCGGAGAUGACAAGUCUGGGGUCUGGAAUGUGACGGAGGCGUGGCCUUUGAUGUUGAGUAGUGUGCGUGUUACGGGCGCGCUGCCGGAUCUGGGUGAGAAAGAGAAGUUGGGGUGGUUGAAGGUUGAUUCGGCUGCGAGAGCGGUUUGUGAGGUCGGUUUUGCGGAUUUUGGAGGAGGGUUGGAGGAUGGGCUGGGGAUAGGGGUAGGGGUAGGCGAGAAGAGGAAGAGGAAGAGGAAGGGAGACGAGGAGGAAGGAGAAAGAGGGCAGCGCGAUGAGGAGAAGGAACAAGCCAAUGGUGACGGCUGCCAGGUCUAUCACGUCAUCAACACGAAUACAUCCUCCACUUGGUCAGACCUCCUCCAAUGGAUGAAUGAAAUCAAACCCAACCUGGAAAUCUUGCCGCCUGCUCAGUGGGUACAGCGACUAGAAGGGCUGGAAGGGAAAGCGAAGGAGCAUCCAGCCAGAAAGCUGUUGGGACUAUGGAAGACCGCUUACUGCAGGGAAAAAAUGAGCGAAGAAGAGGGAAAGGAAGGAGGAGAGGAGAAAGAAAUCGUGUAUGACAUGGAAAAAACGCUGCAGGUUGCGCCCACGCUUGGGAACGUGGAGCCGAUUGAGAAGGCGUAUUUUGGGAGGAUCUGGAGGUGGGUAGAGGAGCAAGAGCAGGUGGACGGGGGGUGA